AUGUAUUGUGACUUGAGGCAGCACUAUUGGUGGGCUAGGAUGAAGCGUGAUAUCGUUGAGUUUGUAUUGCAGUAUCUAAAUUAUCAACAGUUCUUACCAUUGGCAAAGUUUACAUGUAAUAAUAGUUACCACUCAAACAUUGAUAUGGCUCCGUUUGAGGCUCUUUAUGGGAGGCGAUGUAGAUCUCCUAUUGGGAGGUUUGAUGCAUUUGAGAUAAGGCCAUGGGGUUUUGUUAAAGGUAUCACCCAGAAGGGUGUGAUGAGGUUUGGGAAGAAGGGCAAGCUCAGUCCUAGGUUCAUCGGUCCCUUUGAGAUUCUUAGCCCUGUGGGGGAGGUAGCCUAUGAGCUGUCUUUGCCUCCAGGUUUGUCGGGUGUUCAUCCGGUGUUUUAUGUCUCUAUGUUGAAGAGAUACCAUGGUGAUGGUUCUUACAUUAUUCAUUGGGAUUCAGUCUUAUUGGAUGAGAGCGUGUUUUAUGAGGAAGAGCCUAUUGCUAUUUUAGAUAGGGGGGUUGGUAAGUUGAGAUCUAAGGACAUAGCGUCAGUGAAGGUUCAAUGGAAGAAUCGUCCUGUUGAGGAGGCUACUUGGGAGUUCGAGACCGAAAUACGAAAUAAGUAUCCCUAG